CCCAGUGCGAGGAAGACUUAUUAGCAUAACUCUAUAACCAAGCGCAGGGUCGUUCUACAUAUUGUGGUUAAGUUGGUUUGGUCGAGCUAACCUAUUUUCUGACGAUGGAUUUUGUUAAAAAUGUUGCAGAAUUUGAACAUUUAUGGAUUGCAUUAGUCAUUGGAAUCGUUUUGCUGGUCGCUUGGUAAGUUACUCGCCUAUCUGGGUCUUGCAUAAAUCUGUACACAGGUUAUUGGUUUGCUUCGUUGACCUUUCGAACUACACGUAAAAGCAAUUAAUGAUGUGGCUAAUUAUAGCGAAAUUGAAAAUCUUAAAUCGAUUGAAUCAGUAGCUAUACAUGUUAAGCAUCAUUUUCCCGCUACCCGCUUGAAAAAUUGAAGGCCUGCACUUCUCUUACGAAGACUUAGAGUUUGUAAUGACCUCACUGAACUUUGUUUGCCCUACAAAGUUCGGCGCUAGAAUUGUUUUCAAUCUCUUUCGGCAGCUGAAAUCCUCCUCAGAGAAAGUUUAAAAAACGUUUGCGCAGAAUUUUUUGAGGGACAUAUGAUGUGUAACGUAACAAUUCCAAAUUACCGAGUUUCGACGCUCAUGUUUCGCAGAGUGUUGCAAAACCGCUGUUGCUAUUAUUUACCCAGUUCGGAUGCUAACAAAGGGCCGUGCUUGUUUAUUGACCGUUUUCAGCGGGGAAUCGGGCUAGCUUAAUUUAUAUUCGCUCUAGGUCUUGCUUAAUUUCUUCAAGUAAAUUAUACAAAUGCGUACUACUCUUGAACUGAUUGCCCCUCCCCUCAAUUUAAAACUGAUUAGGAGACCAAGAGUUUUGAUCGUAAAGGCUAUCGUUAUAUGUCUUUGCUGAAUAUGCGUAAGAUAAGAUUGCUUAACAUCUUUUAAAUGUAUUAAUGCGGUCGUUUUUAAAAUGGCUUUUGAUCAAGCUGCAGUGAUCUUUCAGGAGCCAGGAUUGCAAAUGUCACACGACGCCCUACAAACGAGAAGAACCUGUAUUUUGUAAAUGCUAUGCUGUGCUUCUAUCAGCAUCUACCUGAAUCUCAUCCACUGUUUUGGGAGGGUUACUUACCUGAGAAUGUGAAUAGGAGAUGCAAGGGAGGACGUAAGCCAUCACUGAUAACACAACAAAUGUCUCUAACAAAAAACAUCAGUGUUGGGUCACCUCAUGUUAUGUAAACUUGGAUAAGCAGGAUGGGCUUCACUUUAUUUUCACUUUCUUUCCUGUUAGAAUGAUAGAUAAUUACAUGAAACAAAAUUGCAAGUUUUUCUCCAAUUCUUAGGGUACAGUAUUGAGAUAAUAUUUGUCUUGUAGGUAUGGCAUGGCACCUUUUUCCUUCUUCAAAAACCUGGGUAUACCUGGUCCUACACCAUGGCCAUUUUUGGGAAAUCUUCCUCAGAUAAUGAGCAAGGUGAUAAGUGCUUUAGAAAAUAAUUCAUCAAUUCUCAAACCGCUAACAGUUAAUAGUUCAUUUUGUCUUUUGAGUUUGAGGACUUUUAUUUGAGUUUGUGGGUAGUAAGAUUAAUAACGGUUAUAGGACUGAGUGGAGUCUGAUUUGGUCUGUAAUCAUGCAAGUGAUUAACAAAAUCAGAUGACCAUGAAUGUCCCUUUAACUGUCCUAUUACACCGUCCAUUUACAAGCAUGACAUGACUACACUGUCCUAUUAGUGCUCAAAUCAGGCUGGUAACAACCAAUCAUGUUCAAGAAUCUUGUUAUAGUUUUGAUUAACAUGUUAAUAUCCCUGAACCCUGUUUGAUGAAUGGUACCAAUAACAUGUAACUUGCCUCAAAAAGAAUUCUUUGCAUUUUCUGCAUUAAUUGGUUAUUUAUCAUGUGCUUUGAUUUCAGCCCCAUCAAAUGUUUUUGUUUGACAAAGAAGUGGCUGAGAAGUAUGGAAGAGUAGCAGGGUUAGUCAAAUUUUACAGGGUUUGGGGACAAUGAUGUCAUGGAUCUAGGGUUGGGCCCAAAUAUUCUAGGGGCACCUUUUUCCUAUGCUACCUGCAUAAAAAAUCCUAAACUUUCCUGAGUAAAAAUACCAGGACCUGUUUUAACAGGCUGAAAAUGAAUAAGAAUUUUCUUUGUUUGUAAACAUAGCAAGUAGCUGAUAUAAUCCUUGUGUUAGACAUAUUAAUAUGUUGUAAAUUAUAUUUGACCAAGUUAACAGUGCAUUUGAUCAUACAUUCAUGUGAUUUGCACUUUAUGAAUUCAAAUUGUUAUUAUUAUUUCUUAAACUAAUUUGGAGGAAAUGUUGUCAUAGCACUGUCUGGUUUAGAGUUCCUGGAUAAAGAAGUGUUAUAUUUUAAAUUAAUAAAUUUUGUCAAAGGCUAAGGAAAACGAUAUGGUUGCCUUUAUCAUUAGAAUUAAGAUGAAGUUUUGACAGAAAAAAGUUGGGGAUAACAUAAGGCAGUCAACCAUUAAGUUACAAGUCUGGCCAUUCAAGAACGAAUGCAGUCAAGCAUUAAAAUAUUUCUUGUCUAUAAUUGUAGGGUUUAUCUUGGUCGUAUGCCAGCUUAUGUGAUCUCAGAUGUUGAUCUAAUCAAGCAGAUCACUGUGAAAGAGUUUAGUAAAUUCCCAAACAGACCACUUUCUGUAAGUAUAUGAUAAACACAUUUAUGGUCAUAGUGAAGAUAGUGUAAUACAUCAAGUGUCUAUUUUGGUCUGCUCUUUAUCUUCACUGAACAUUCUAUCAGUCAAUAAUGUUUUUCUUAGUUGUGAUUGAUGUGAUGUUCUGUGUUGAAAUGUGUUUACAGAGUAUUGGAAGUCAGUCUGUAUUUGAUAACAAGAGCUUGUUAGCACUUGAAGAUGAAGAAUGGAGAAGAAUCCGUGUUACAAUCACUCCAACAUUCAGUGCACUGAAACUUAAACAGGUUUGUGUCAUCUUUAGUUGGAAGGCAAAAAAGGAUAUUCUAUUUAGUUUCACCUUUUUUAUGUUCAUGAAAGAACAAUGAAGAAUAUCCUUCAAAUAAUACUGAUGUUACGAUCAUUUCAUAAUCUAGAAUUCUUUUUAUUGGUACAUGAACACCAGGCUGUAUCUUGUGCUGAACUUGGACAUUGACUGUUGUCUUUUUCUUUACAGAUUACCCCUUUGGUUCACCAGUCAGCAAAAACACUGGGCAAAAAACUUGAACAAAUUGCUAAGACAGGAGAGAUAGUGGACAUGUGGAGGUACAUGUACAUGCAGCACUCUGUUGUAGACAAGCUCAAAUGAAAUCAUCACACUAUCAAGCUGUGCAGCAGUAUGUCUUGAUAAUGGACCAUGAUCAUGAAAACAAAUUACCCCCUCUCCUGAUGGGAGUCACUAGGUGUUAGAAAUGACUUUAAUAUGUUUAUCUCUCUUUAAGCAUUCCUUCUUUUGCUUAGGGGCUUGCACCCUCCUAAUGACUUGUCAAAAUUUAUUUACUCUUCUCUCUCUCUUGUCAAAUACCCUGCUGCAGAAAGGUUCAUAUAAUUUUAUUUGUUUUACUGCUGUGAUUACUUUUUCUCUUUAUUGCAUUACUACUGUUGUUACUUUAAGAAAGCAAGGCUAAGUGAGCUUUAAUUAGGGAUGAGCUAUAGGUUUUAAAACUGAUAUUUCCUAGUCAGGUAAAGCAAGAGCAUUCUGGUGAAAAACUCACUUUGUAGUCAGUUUGUAAGUAAGUUUAUUUAGCCAAAAUAUAGCAGCCUAUGGUCUAGUGUUUAAUUAAGGUGUUAAACUGCCCUUCCUUGCUAAGGCCCCACAAAAAGGUGUUGAAAAAAGGGUCCUUUUAAGUGAAUAUGAGGGUUAAUAAGAGUGGUUUUUUUUAACAGUCACCAUUUUUUGACACUAAGUCUAAGCUACUAAGCAGCAAAUAAAUAUGUCUUGAAGGACUUAUGGAAAAUUCACCAUGGAAGUAAUCUUGGCUACAGCAUUUGGUGUCCAGGCAGACAUACAGAAUGAUGCCGAUGAGCAGUACACUCCAAAUGCAGAGGUUCUUUUUAAACAGCCUCCUCUAUCAUUUAUUUUAAGUAAGUUGAUCAUUUGUGUGUUGCUUUAGUCCAGUGAUCAGCAAACAAUUUGUUAUCAAAUAAUCUAUGGAUGCAGUCAGGAACAUGAAUGAAAAAUUACCUGUAAUUAAUCUUGUCAGUAAAUGAUGAACUGUUAUUAGACUAAGAACUAUUACACUAAGUGUUGAUUGUGAAACCCAAGAAACUAUGGACAUCAAAAUUAUUUCAUACUGGAAAGUUACUGUAUAAAGAAGAACAAACCAGUCAGUGGGGAGAGAACUAGUCUGUCAUUUUGAGGAUUGCCCAUUUGUCCUGAUCUCCAGUUUGGUUGAUCGUAAGACACCUAACAUUCUGCUCAUAUUUUGUUUUAACAGUUGCAAUUAUGAGAAAAUUUUAGAUUAGUUAAAUUGGAUAGGGACUGCAUGUAUUUGAUGCUGUGUUUUCCUUUCCUUUCAUACAAUUUCUUGUAAAUGUUAAUUUUUGGCAGUGGUGUUUCCAUUUAUGGCACGGUUGUUUCGGUUGGUGAUGAAGCUGAUACUGAGGUCGGCAAGUACUGAACGAUCAAAGUCAGCGAUGUUUUUAGCUAAAGCUACACAAGAAGUGAUGAGAAUGAGGAGAGAGUCUGGAGCUGCACAGGUAGACUUGAAAAUGAUGGGUUCCUUGAGGCUUCUAUCUUGUUAUUAGAAUUGCAAGUGUGAUCCAGAAUUGCUUUGAAGUGCUUCAAUUUAUCUUUGGUUUUCAUAAUACUUUCUGUUUGUUUUUAGGCAGUAAUAAUUCUAGAUAAUGAGUUUCAAAUGAAGAUAAAUUAGAUAUGAUACAUACAAUGUAUGUGAAAUUGAACCUCAACAUCGCAUCAAAAACAGAGCCAAGAGAAAACCAAGUGAAAGAGGUUUAUUGAUGAGGGAAUUUCCCUUGGCUUUUGAACUUUGUUGUAGAGGAAAGACCUAUUGGAGUUGAUGAUGAAAGCAGAGGUCACAGACAGUGAAGGGAAGAAAGUUAGUAAACUGACUGAUGGUGAAGUUCUGUCACAAUCUUUCACCUUCAUCUUGGCUGGAUAUGAAACAACAAGCAAUGCUUUAGCCUACACGACUUACUGUCUGGCACUGAACCCUGAAGUGCAAGAGAAACUGAUUGAAGAAAUUGAUGGGGCUGUUGGAGAUGAUGUAAGUCUCCCACAUUAAUUUUCAUGAUUACUGUAUUAAGGUCUAGCUCGGAUGCAGUAUGUAAUAUGAACAGUUAGGAUCAAAUUUAAUUAAUGACUUGUCCUGCUCAUGUGAAAAAAAUUUUGAGGUAAGAAAACAUGAGCCAGGCUGAACAUAAUAAGCCAUGAAACUGUAGUUUACAUGGAAUUUAUUCAUUAACUUUCAUUUGCCUUCAUUCAAGUACAAUAUCUAAACUAGGCUUCACUUGUGCAAUCUGACACUUUAUACAAAAUUUUUACAAAAAAUUGUUUUUUUUUAAUGAACUGUGUUGUUGUUAUCAGCCAUAAAUUACUGAUAAUCAGGACUACUCACCUACCUCUAUCUCCUAUCUUCAAGAUACAUUUUUAAAAAUUAUAGCCUUCCUGGCCUCAACAACCUGUGAAAAAAAUAUCUUCUUUCAAAAGCAAGUUUGAGAGAACUGAUUUUCAAGCCUGUGACAAAAAUUUUAUCUAGCCAAAAAUUUUAUUCUAUUCUCUCUUACAUAAUUAGCUAAAUUAUACUAGUUUUUGUCUUGAUUGGUUCUUGUAUAGGAUGGAUUAUAAAGGACACAUAGGUGAUGUCACUGUCUAGUAACAACAUCUUGCUUCUCUUUUGUAAUCAUUAAACAAAUAGAGUCCAUGUUGCCUUGGGUAUUUUUACUUACAGAUCACAGAAGAUGUCAAAAUGUGAUAAUACGAGUGAUGCUCAGCUGCAUGUUGUCUGUCAAUUUUUUUGUUCUUACCACAUUUUUGUGACACAUGAUCACUGACUGAACAUACGAAUGGCAACAUGGAAUUUAUUUGUCAAGCAUCAAACUAGUGAUUCACCGAAAAGCUGCUUGGAUCUUUUAAUUUCAGGAAAAUGCUGCUUAUGACACAGUUCAGAACUUAGAGUACUUGGACAUGGUGUUAAAUGAAGCAUUGCGUCUCUAUCCCCCAGCUUCCAGGUUCAUAGUUUUGAGUUUGAAUUUGUUAUCAUGACUGUCACAGACAGUUGUAACUACCAACUGUAUUACAUGUAAUCAAAACAGAUUUUAACUGAAAACUUCCUUUCCAUUUCCAUUUAAAAUGUAUCAUUCAGACUUAAAUUGUCCUUUAAUCAUGUUAUGUUACUGUUAAAACAGUCAGUGUAUGUUAUGUAUUUUCUGUUAUGAAUCAUUUGAAUGUUAUGCUGAUGGGAAUUAUUCACAACUUCUUGAUAUAAAAAAAGUGUUAAGAACUGGACAGGUUUAGCUUAGUUGUUGGAAACUACAAAGAAACCUCUCCUUGCAAGAACUUAAAAUAACUUUUAAAGGGGAAUUUCCAAACCAAAGUACCACAUAAUUUUCUUUUUUUUUUUUUUUUUAAUUCAGGUUCGGCCGUGCUGUUAAAGAAAGUUGUACCUUAAAUGGUGUGCAGUUUGUUAAAGGUUCAGUGGUGGUGUUUCCUGUUUAUCAUUUGCACCGUGACCCAGAAUACUGGCCAGAUCCAGAAACCUUUGAUCCUGAAAGGUACUCUGACUGAUAGUUAUUUACAAACAAGUCGACUAAGCCUCUCACGCCCAAGAUUUAAACAGUAAUCCUUCACAAUAUUUGUGAUGCAUUUCAUACAAUUUUAUCGUGGAGAAGUUACUGUUCCAUAAAAUCUGAAUGUUCCUUAGUUUAUAUUUUUCUUUCUCCUCAUCAACUCUGAUUUCUUAUGGAUGACUAUUAAUAGACAAAUGCAUUUACAGUCACUUACAAGAGCUAAAGUGACAGGAUCAGACAAGAACCAGGAGUUUUCACAUUAUUUAUCAUAGCUAUGUUUUUAUGUUUAUUUGUAGGUUUUCCCAGGAGGCUAAACAGCAGCGCAGCCCAUAUUGCUUCCUUCCAUUUGGCACAGGGCCACGCUCAUGCAUUGGGAUGAGAUUUGCACUCAUGGAGGCUAAAAUGGCUCUGGUUCACAUUCUUAAGAGGUUUAAGUUUGAGCGCUCUGCAGAAACUGAGGUAUCUGUUUUAAAUGUAAAACUUUGAUUUAUGUCAGCUAAGGACUCGUAAAUUUUGCAUUAGAUUGUUUAAGGUUACAGCAGUGAAGGUGAGACUCACAGGAGCAACCCAAUGCAGUAUCACCUAGGAGCCUAGUAAAUUUCACCUCACCCCACCAAUUUUUGGUUGUUAAUUCUAAUGUGAAGGCUGUAGGUUUCAUUGAAAGUUCUUGAAGUGCUCUUUGUAAUUGAGCAAAACCCUCUGUGAUCGCAGACUUCCUAUGGCCUGUAGCUCAAGGGUUACUCUCCAAGGUUUAACAUCUUUGGUAAUAAAAAUUAGAAUUUAUGCUCCAAAAUGUCAAAAGACUAAGAUAUUUCAAACCAAGAGUUUGAAAUAGCUUUUCACCCCUCUGUGUAACCUGAUUUCAGAUAAAGAAAACUGCUAGUGGUGUCUUGUGGUGCCUCGCAGAACAUUCCUUUCUCAGUUUUCUUUGCAAGAUUUUAUUAAUGCCUAGUAGCUAUUAAUGUUUUCUAAUUUUUUGUAGGAACCUCUUGAGCUCAAGGCAACAAUCACAAUGGCACCAAAGAAUGGAAUCCGUGUGAAGAUUGUUUCAAGGGAAUAAGUCUCAAACAAAGGGAUAGUUUUUCUGAUUAUUGCCAUAAUUUUUUUGAAUUGCUUAUUUAAUGAUUUUCGUCUGAGAUACAUUACAUUGCAGGUAGAAAACAUGAAAAAUGGCAAAGCAAUUAAUUAGAUUGAUGGCAUCAAAGUAACAAGGAAAAUCAUUUUUCAUAGUCCGUUGUGUGUUAACGUUGCCUUGUAUUAUCCCGUCAUUAAGCAAUGGUCAUUUUUGAAGACAUACUUUCUUGUGAAAAUCAUGUUAAAGUUUUGUCACUUCAUGUAGGAUCACAACAUGAGAAUUUAUUAUAUUAACACCAGUUUGGCGUGAGAAGGUAUAUAUACAUUCAUUUUACAAAUUAUUAUUUUGUAAUCAAUAGUUGUUGAUUUAAUAACCUUUAGCUGUCAGAACUGUAUGAUGCAUAACCACUCCUUGCAGUUUCAUCACACUAUAUGCUAAUGUAGUGAUAUCAGUUAGGAAUCUAUGAAAACAAUUUGAAUUUCUCAGAUCUGAUGUGCAAGAAAGCAAUAAGAUCAUUAGGAGAAAUAAGAAGUAUUUUUUUUUUUUUAUAUAAUACAUAUUCAAGUACAUAUUCAUGGAAAGUCGUAGUUGUGUAUUAGCUUGGAUGAAAUGGAAA